GGCUGAGUAUCUGAUAUCAACAGAAGUUGUUUACUAUUUUGCCUUACGUUGCUAGGUGGUUGCUAGGGAGCUAAGGAUACUCUCUUGUGCGAUCAUUUGCAUUUAUUUUUCCUCAUUAUAUCCACAUAUUGCUGUUUCUGAGACCUAACUCAUGCUAAGAAAAAAGCAGUUUUCUUAAAAUGUGUAUUUAAGUGCCGUAGUAUUAACACAACUCUGCAAUUCUGCUUAAAUAUCUGCAAAAUCCUGACUUUCCGGAAAAUUGCUGGUGGUAAUGGGGAUCGAGCCCGUCGAUGAAAAGUCAUGUUAGGUCAGAUUUGCGGGCCCGCGCCAGUCGUGUCCUCAGCUCCGCAGUGAGUGGUGACCCGUGGAGUGCUGUCAGCUGUGCGUGGACGGAGAACCGCGGCUUGGGCAAGUGGACGAUUCUGUACAGAUGAAGUCAUUUGAAAAGGCAACUAUUAAAAUGAAGGAUCCUGCAAAGGUGGCCAACAUGGUCAGUCAGUUGGUUUCUGAAGGGCCUUCAAAACUUCAGGUGAUCCUGGACUUUGACCACACGCUGACCCGUGUGCACGACAACGGCAACAAGUGUGCGUGUACCUGGGAGAUUCUGGACCGGUCUGACCUGAUGCCUCAGAUGUACCGCGACGAGACCAACCGACUCCGGGACAAGUACUACCCGAUCGAGAUCGAUCCGCACAUGACCGUCGCUGAAAAAGUGCCCUACGCAGUAGAGUGGUACACACAAGCGCACGAAGUGCUCAUCAAAACGGGACUGAAGAAGCAGGAUCUUGUCAACAUGGUGAAGGACUCCACGGCUCAAUUCAGAUCCGGCACUGACCGUCUGCUGGAGGACCUGCACCGGUUGAACGUCCCCGUACUCAUCUUCUCGGCUGGCCUCGGCGACCUCAUCCACGUGAUGCUCGACCAGCAGGCCAAGGACCACGACAACAUCAAGGUGGUCUCCAACUACAUGCGAUUCGACGAGGAGGGUAAGAUGAUCGGCUUCACGGACGAAAUGAUCCACAUGUACAACAAGAACGAGAACGCCGUCCACUCGUCGUCAUACUUUGAGCGUCUGAAGGGCAGGAACAACGUCAUCCUGAUGGGAGACAAUGUGGGCGACCUGCACAUGGCCGACGGCGUCGACAAUCCCAACGUCACGCUGAAGAUCGGCUUCCUCAAUCAGCCGAGCGAGGAGCGUCUGGCCAAGUUCCUCGACCUGUUUGACGUGGUGUUGCUCGACGACCAGACCAUGGACCUGGGCAACGACAUUGUCUCCCGGCUCAUGUAGCCACUCGGGUGACCAACGGGGCUCUCUGUGAUCCAAACUCAGUCCGGCGCGGUUAGUUCGGGGACCGGCCGCCGCUGGCGCCACUGUCGCUCAGAACGGCCAUUGGUUGUGAACUGAAGACAUGUCCUCGACUGGUUCGGGGGUAGGUUGUUGGUUAAGAACCAAUGGACUGACUCAGGUCGCACCAGUUCUAUGAAGAAUGCCUAGAUCGAAUUGAAUCGUUGCUCCAGAUACGAUAAUGCAGUUGCGUCUGUGGAAAUCGGUUCGGCUUGGUCUGAGCUGGUUUUAGGCCGCCAUGGAUCGGCUCAGACCGUUACAGGUUGGGCUCAGUUUUGACCAGUUUAUGUCUGUUUUGAUUGUCUCUGCCUCAGGAGAGGGUGCCUGGUUUGAUUUGGAUUUGUAGUACUGCCUGUGUGGGUCUGAUGUGUUUGCUGGUGCGCCCUCCCCGAGGCCUGAACGACAAUACCGUGCAGUUUUACAUUCACCUGAAGGCUGGCUCGUCUGGUUCACAUGGCUACGGUUUGACAGCCGAUUAGGGGCGCCCGUAUUCACUGCCAACAGAGAUGUGCCUGAGUGGUCAGUCGCGUGCAAUCAAAUCCUUAGUUCGGUGGUCAGAGCAGUGGCCCUUUAAUAUGCUCUUUGUGGAAUCUGUAUCUGUUGUAUUUUAGUCGCCCUUAUUUUUGCUAUGUUCAAGUAUCUGCCAACAGUACCUGGCAAUCGAUCAAUCGUGGUUAUUAUUAUCACUAGUCAUGUAUCAUUUUUUUACGCAGCUGUUCUUAAAGGCAAAGUACAUGAUAUUUAUCUUUUCCUGUCGUUAAAUUCGCUAAAGGUUUUAGUUAAGUUGCAAUAUUCUCGGACGUGGCUCGUAAAAUAAAUGAAAAGGCAUGUU